AUGGACAAAUCAAGGAAAUUUGCCAGUCUAAUGAAACAAGGCAAAGUGACAAAGGCAGUAAGGGUCCUAACAUCAAAUGAAACAACAGGGACAUUACCCUUAAAUGAAAACACCCGUCGCUUGCUCAAUGAAAAGCACCCGCCUGCAAAGGAAGUGGCGGCGGGAACGAUGUUUCGUGGAGAGUAUAAUCCCCCACCUCCGGAGACCUUUGAGCGAAUUACCGGCGAAAAGAUAAGAACACAUGCAUUGCACACACAUGGUGCAGCUGGACCUUCUGGACUCGAUGCAAAGGCAUGGAAAACCAUCCUAAGCAACAGCAAGUUUGGGUCAGCUGCAAAUGACCUUUGCAAAGCCAUUGUAUCUCUUGCUAGAAAACUUGCAACAGAAACCUGCAACAACCUGGAUGCCCUCACAGCUUGUCGUUUAAUUGCCCUCGACAAGAAGCCCGGAUGCCGCCCCAUUGGCAUUGGAGAAGUCUUGCGACGAAUCAUCGGCAAGGCAAUCAUGAAUGUUGUCGGAGACGACGUUAAACAAGCCGUGGGAAAUCUACAGGUGUGUGCAGGUCAACAGGCAGAGUGUGAGGCAGCAAUCCACGCCAUGAGAAACAUCUAUGAAGAGCCGGAUUGUCAGGCCGUACUCAUGGUGGAUGCUACAAAUGCCUUCAACAACAUCAACCGGAAGGCAACAAUCCACAAUAUAGAGGUCAAAUGCCCAAGCCUCGCACAAUACAUUAAGAACACCUACAACAACCCAGCAGAGCUCCACAUAGUCGACAAUAGAACAAAUACCUAUGAAAUGAUAGCUUCAGCCGAGGGCACAACACAAGGUGACCCAGUUGCCAUGGCGAUGUACACCAUCGGUCUCCUCAGGCUACAAACAAUAAUUGACCACACAACAACAAAUAUAAAGCAAGUUGCCUAUGCCGACGACCUGACCGGAGCAGGGAAAAUUGAGAACAUAAGGAAGUGGUGGAAUCUCAUUGAGACACAUGGCUCUCCACAAGGAUAUUUUCCGAACGCCGCCAAAUCGGUUUUAAUUGUAAAACCGGAAUAUCUCGGACAAGCCAGAGAAGUCUUCCGAGAAACAAACGUGAUUAUAAAGGCCGGCGGUGAAAAACACCUUGGGGCAGUUCUUGGCACAACAGCAGCCAGGGAAGAAUACAUAACAAGGAAAGUGAAUGAAUGGAUAAGGGAAGUGAUAGAGCUGGCAGAAAUCGCAAAGAAGAAACCGCACUCGGCAUAUACCGCCUUCACCUUCGGUAUCAAACACAAGUGGAACUUCUUAAUGCGAACUAUACCUAACAUCGAGCCUUUACUUUCACCACUUGAGGAAGCAAUUGUAAAGCACUUGAUCCCAGCACUAUCAGGUGGAAGAAAUCCCACUGCCAACGAGAGAGCCAUACUCGAACUUCCGCCAAGGCUUGGGGGACUCGGCAUAACAAACCCGUGUAAAAUAGCGGACAUGGAGUUCCAAAACUCUGUCAAGCUCUCAGCCAGCCUGACUCAAGCCAUAAUAACGCAAGAAACAUAUACACAGCCUGAUACAACACAACAAAAAACAAUCAAAAUGGAAAUUACAAAAAAUAGAGAAACAAAGCAGAGGGCACAACUUCAAGAACUAACCUCUAUAAUUACUGAGGAUAUGAAAAGAAGAAUGAGUAUGGCACGCGAAACCGGCGCCUCUAACUGGUUGACCAGUCUCCCCAUCAAAGUCAAAGGGUUUAGUUUAAACAAACAGGAGUUUGUGGACGCACUUGCCCUGAGAUAUGGUUGGCCAAUAGAGGACCUUCACCAGCACUGCACAUGCGGUUCGGCUUUCGACCCCAACCAUGCCAUGACGUGCAAGACGGGAGGCUUCGUUUGCAUGCGCCACGAGGUGAGGGACGUGACUGCACAAAUGCUUGGCGAGGUGUGCCGCGACGUGAGGAUCGAACCUCCCCUCAUCCCCACAGAAGGGCGCAACUUCUCACUCCAAUCCGCCAACACUGCAGACGACGCCAGAUUAGACAUCAGUGCCAACAGUUUCUGGAUACGAGGGCAACGGGCCUUCUUCGACAUACGAAUCUUCAACCCUAUGGCCACGAGCAACCGAUCCCAGGAACUCCUCUCUGCUCACACUAAGCAUGAGAACAACAAAAUGAGGGAGUAUGGCGAACGCGUCCGAGAAGUCGAGCAAGAGAAAAGGCAGCAACAGAAGAGCGCCGUCGUUGCAUGGAUGAGGUGUCGAUUGGCCUUCUCACUACUACGGUCUUCACUGCUCUGUCUACGAGGAACAAGGAACAAACCGGCAAUGUACACUAGUCUCAAGGAUUUAGAUAUAGAGGAAACUGUUGUAAAUAGUAGAAUAGAGAGAAAUAUGUAAUUGUAAACAAAAGUAAUAAAGGUUA